CUGUACAAAUAUGGGAAAUAUUGAUUACUGACUAUUUUGCCCUUCUAAUCUUAUUUGCCUAUUUUAAAAACUAAUAAAAUUUAUUUGCCUAUUACUUAGAGAACUUCCAGCUAUUUUAAAAAAAUGAAGCCAGUAAUUAUAUUUAGCAUUUAUGAAAUUAGAUAACCGUGAUAUACACAUGGAUGAUACUCAAGGAUGAACAGUUCCAAGAUUGAUCUUAUGCCCAACCAGUCAAAUUCACAUAAUAACCCACUACCUUUAUCUAAUUUAAUUAAUACUAAUAGCAAAACUAAUAUCAAUAAUAAUAACCUAAGUAAUUCAUCUAAAGUUACAACUGUACUUGCUAAUUAUGGGGUUCUAUCUCCCCCUGAGUCAGAAAAUCAAAAUAUUAUUACUUCAGCAAACAUUAAUAAAACAAAUGAAGUAGAAGGAACAAAUAACAAUGGCUCAAAUACUGCAGCUAAAGAAAUCUCAUACACUGAUACAAAAGUUAUUGGGAAUGGCUCCUUUGGAGUAGUUUUUCAAGCUAGCCUUGUUGAAAGUGGAGAACUUGUAGCUAUUAAAAAGGUUCUUCAGGAUAAGCGCUUUAAGAAUCGCGAACUUCAAAUAAUGAAAGAAUUAAAUCACUGUAAUAUAGUUAAACUACGUUAUUACUUUUACUGUACAGGUGAAAAGAAAGAUGACAUAUUUUUAAAUUUAGUCUUAGAAUAUGUUCCAGAAACUGUAUACAGAAUAGCUCGUCAUUAUUCUAAGUCAAAAUUAAUGCUACCGCUCUUAUAUGUUAAAGUCUACCUAUAUCAACUUUUUCGUGCAUUAGCUUACAUCCACUGUAAAGGUAUAUGUCACAGAGAUAUAAAACCACAAAAUUUGCUCCUAGAUCCCGAAUCUAGUGUAUUAAAACUCUGCGAUUUUGGGAGUGCCAAGCAAUUAAUAAAAGGGGAACCCAACGUCUCAUAUAUAUGUUCUCGUUAUUACAGAGCACCCGAACUCAUAUUUGGAGCCACAGAUUAUUCUUGGAAUAUUGAUAUAUGGUCAGCUGGUUGUGUUUUAGCCGAACUUAUGUUAGGACAUCCUCUAUUUCCUGGGGAUAGUGGAGUUGAUCAGCUAGUAGAAAUUAUUAAAAUAUUGGGAACUCCCAGCCGCGAGCAAAUUCGGCAAAUGAACCCCAACUACGUAGAAUUCAAGUUUCCACACAUCAAACCUCAUCCUUGGAAUAAAGUAUUCAAAAAUCGAGUACCCCCUGAGGCAAUAGAUUUAAUAAGCAAGCUUUUGGAGUAUACACCAUCUCACAGGUUGUCACCACUCCAGGCUUGUGCUCAUUCCUUUUUCGACGAACUUCGUAAUCUAAAUACAAAAUUACCUAGCGGAACUUCCCUCCCUCCACUUUACAACUUUUCGCCCUUGGAAAUGAACAUAGCACCCGCCCUCAAUUCGAUCCUCAUUCCCCCACAUUAUCACCCAGAAUCCCAACCAUUUACGGCUGAUACUAGUGGUCUGACACUUCCCUCUUCUGACAUAGUUACUGCAUCUACUAUCUCGUGUUCAUCAUCUCAACAACAACCAGAAUUGUUUAUCAGCGGCAAAGAAAAAGGGAAAGAUCCCUCACCGCACAUCAAUAUAAAGACUAAAUCUGGGCCUCAACACACCUUCAGUAACCCUUUUGCCUCUCCUAAUCGUAAAGCAACUCCUCACCAUGUAGAUAACGUUAGUCCCAUAGGUAAAGCAACUGAGGCUAUAAGCAACAAUGUCAAGAAUUGCAAAAUAUCCGAUUACAAAGUAAGUCAAAGCUCUAUCGAUAAAUCUCUCACUUCCACAAAUAAUGAUAAUGGCUUAAUCAAUAGUACCUCCUUCUCCGAAAAUCCUUUACCUGGAGUACCUGUCAACUCUCUACUCUCCGCUAACGAUGAAAAUAAUUAACAUGUAAGAUAAUUGAAUAGAAUAACAAUAUCUCCUAAUUUAUUACGAUUGAAUAAUUUAACUAAAUUUUUGAAACAUUGUACUCGCACAUGCUCAUAAAAAUCCAUAAUUUCAUGUCGCUAAUUUUAAUAUCUGCUUGAUCUAAAUUCUCAUAAGCUUUAGAAUGAUCGUUAUAAUAUUUGUGAUUAAUAUGAUAGAUUGAAAUAGUAAGUAAAUUACUGAAAAUCAUAAUAUAUUCAUAUUUUUAUCUGUAAAACAUAUGCAAAACUGUAGAAUAAAUUAAAAUUCGAAUAUCCUUAAUAUUUUUAAAAAUGUUAAUAUUUUUAUAUUGAGUUCGAAAAUCACAAAAUUAUGUAUAUUUUAUUAUACAUUUAUUAAUACCAUUUUUCAAUCAUUUUGUACUCCCCUCCCUUCCUCCACUUUGGUUUAUUAUUUUUUAAGUAUUAAAAAAUUAUCGCUUAACCCAACCUAUUCAUUGGAGAUUGCAAAUGUUAGGUUUUAAAGCGUUUGUAAUUCGCAUUAGCAAAUUACUUAAACUAUCUCAUAUAAAUCAAUUUUUUUUUAUUGAAUGUUUUGGUUAUAUUUAUUGAAAAAGGGACAUGUCAUAACAUUUAUAACAU